AUGGCGUCGUCAAAAAGGAGCUAUUCUCGACCCAUGCUGCGAAAGAUCCUCAAAGCCCAUUCCAGGAAGAGGGUCGGCGCAGAUGUCGAUCCAUUGGUUUACCUCAACUACAUCCUGUUUAUGGAAGAGCUCAUGCAGACGGCGACUCGCAAAGCACGCUCGGAAGGAAACAAAACUGUUACAGCGAAGGAUAUCAGGAAAGUCACCUUGACGACUUUACGGCGAUUCAAGGGCUGA